GAUCUGGUGGGAGGGGGAGAAGGGAGGUGCAUGCGCAGUGGCGCCGUGCGGCCUAGUUCGUGAGGGAGGGCGGCGAAGGGGAAAAGAAGGGGAGGUCUGAGCCGAGUCAGGCCAGCUCGCCCGCCGGCCGCGAUGCCGGCUACCGUGGACUUACCCUCGCAGCAGGAGCUCGAAGUGGAGGAGGUGAGUGUUAGCACAGCUGUGCUGAAAGCUGCAGCCCACCAUUAUGGCUCACAGUGUGACAGGCCCAACAAGGAAUUUAUGCUUUGCCGCUGGGAAGAGAAGGACCCGCGGAAAUGUUUAAAGGAAGGCAAGGAGGUGAACAGAUGUGCGCUGGACUUCUUCAGGCAGGUCAAACUGCACUGUGCUGAGCCAUUUACCCAAUACUGGACGUGCAUUGACUAUAAUCACCUGCUAGAGCUUCGCCACUGCCGAAAGCAGCAGGAGGUCUUUGAUGAGUGCGUCCUGGAUAAACUGGGCUGGGUGAGACCUGACCUGGGACAGCUGUCAAAGGUCACCAAAGUGAAGACUGAGCGGCCACUUCCUGAGAAUCCCUAUAGUUCUAGGGCAAGACCACCGUCAAACCCACCACCCGAAGGCGAAUUGCAGCCGUCUAAAUAUGGGAGCAAGAAAUUCUUCUACAGCUUUUAAACAAGAUGUCUUGGACGCUUCAAAACAAUAUCAAGUUUCUUGAUGACUGCAAAUUACUCUUUGCUGGUGUGUUUUGGAUGCCAUCUGUAUUUGGUGGUCAUUAAAGAUGUAUUCUUUAAAUGGUA